AUGGAACCCAUAGUUCAGUUCAACUGGGACAUUUUUCCGUCGACGAAACUCGAGGCCAGUGAAAUGCUGGCCCCGUUAGGCUGCAUGAUCACUCCCGCAUCCGCUUCGGGCGUUUUGUCUGCCCAAGGAAGUCCGCUCCGAUGCCUGAGCUGUGACAAUGUCGUGAAUCCAUAUAUUAGGAUCGAUAGAGCCAACAACUUCUGGUGGUGCCCCUUUUGCCAUAAGACGACCUUCUUCCCCGAUUCGUUUGUCUUGGCCCCUGUCGGUGCUCCCAACUCGGAAAUCCCGGCCGAAAUCAGACCUUCGCCCAAUAAUACCAUCGACUAUACCCUUCCCCGCGACAUUUCCCAAGUUUCUCCAGGCACACAAAAAUGUCCCUUUGUUUCUGUGUAUAUUAUCGAUAGGUAUCAGCAUGUGGAUUCGCUAGAGCAGCGGGAGUUUGAAAGCUUGAAACGUGGCAUUUGCAAGAGCAUUGAGCGGCUUCCACACAACACAAGAGUGCUUCUUGUGACAUUUUCCGAUAUUGUCGAGAUCUUCUCCAAAAAGGAAAGCGUGGCCUUUCUGCCUCUGGCUAUUUUCAACGACAACUACGACUACUCUAAACUUUUGACCGACCUGCUGGUUAUCGGUACAAUUCUCCAGAAAUUGGCGGUGGAGCGCCUCGUGACUUCUACGGCAGAAAAGUCACCGCUUGCAAGAAAGGGCCUUUUGCUUGAAAAAAGCGAGGCUUCAGCAACAGUGGCAGGCCUAAAGCCAAAACUCACGUCGUCAUACAAGCCUCCUCGGGCCACUGGUUUGGCUCUUUUCAUUUCGACGCUCUUGCUUUCGCUGUGUUCGUUCACCAAUUUGAUUGGAAACGUUAGUCUUUUCGUCUCGGGCCCACCAACGUUGAGUCCGGGAAAAGUGGUAGGAGAGACAGAGGCUUUGCGUUCGCAUCAUGACGUGGCCAAUUUCCAGGCCCAGCACUUUGCAUCUGCGUCGAAGUUCUAUCGUGCGUUGGCGUAUGUUUCGAGUGGAUAUCUGUUGGAAAACUCUGCCGUGGCCGCAUACUCCACAUCGGGUAAACUCACCCAUUUUGGUGUCAUUGACAAGACACCGUUUUUUUCUGUCGAUAUAUAUUCCGGCUCGUUGGAUCAGACAGGCGUUUACGAGAUGGGCUCUUUGGCCUCGAGCGGAUCGGGCUCCAUUUUUUUGUUGGACAGUUUUCUGAGUGUGGACUUCGAAAACACAUUACUAACUAACACGGACAGAUUACCGAGCAGAAAAUGGAAAACCACAUUCACGGUGACUAGUUCCAGUGGCAUCAGAGUGUGGAAAGCAGUGUGUCAUGGUACUCCGCUUCGAUCUUCUUACCAGUCGGAAAAACACUCGGCUCUGCAUCACGAAAAGAUCUCCGACACCAUGUCUCGAUUCGACUCGUCUCUCAAAAAACGUGAUUUCACCAACCGCUGGAACUUGGGCAGCAUCCAGGAGACUGACGCUUUGGCUGUCUAUUUUGAAAUGGAUCUAGCCUCUUCUUCUUCUUCGUUGGAUGUACACGGCACUAAAGAGGUCUUUAUCCAGUUCCAGUCUCAGUGGUGGGAUAUGGGUUCGGAAAAAGAAAUUUUACGGGUAACCACAAUCAAAAGACCCACUACUCUAUCGAUCUUAGCCGCUAACCAAGUCAAAUUGUCUUCAGGAAGAUACAAAUUGGUGAACCAAAACAGCAUGAUUUUGAAAGAGAAGGCAUUGAUUGAGAGCUUCGAAUACAAAACGUGGAUGGCCCUCUUCACCCGGCUUUUGGUUGACAAGAUCGAUACCACAAUUGGAUUUGAAUCUUUCGAAGAGGUGGUGGAUGAGGUCGAUCAAGCGCUUAUCCGCUUGACCAAAUACUAUGGUGGAUUGCACAUUGAGCAGUCCAAUAGCACCAAUCCAUACGAGAAAUUGCGAUUGAUUCAAACCAUCAACAACAAGUUUAAAGACCUUCCCUCUUAUUCGUAUGCUCUAAGGAGGAAUCCUCAGCUUGUGCGUAUUUUCAAUAGCUCGCCCGAUGAAACGGCUUUCUACCACCAUUUAUUCAAGAGAAGUGGAGUGGAGGAUUCAUGCACCAUGAUCAAACCGCAUUUGUACAAAGUGCAAAGUGACUCGCUUGAAGAAAUUCUGUUGGAUAUUACCAGUGUCGAUCCAGAUGCAAAUGCACCGCAAUAUUACGUCUUGGAUGCCGUAGUCACAGUGAUUAUUUAUUUGCUGUUCAAAGACCCUCAGGACGCACUUCCGCUCCAUCCUUCGAACAACGAUGAUAUUAUAAACGGCAGCCGAGAAAUUGAUAACCCACAUUUGAAAAAUAUUUUGGACCUUGUGGAUGCCAAGUUCGUUCAGCCCAGGCCAAACAAGCCCAAAGUUGUUCUUACACAAUCAGGGCAUUCCCAGGCGAGAUAUCUAAAGGCCAGACUCAAUCCAGUCAGGGACAAGAUUGUUGUUGAGGAAAAAAAGAAAACCCGCUGGUGGGAUUUUUUCUUUUCAGAGUCUCCAGGGAAUACUUUGGCCAUGGCAGAUGAGGUGAGUGUAAAAACGUACUAUUCAGAGUUGUUGAAACGGGUACAGAACUUUCAGCUAGAUUAA